UAGCGACAAGGAUUGCGGCGCCACACAUCACCCCUCCUUCCUUCAUCCUCCUCCUCUCGCUCUCCCCCCCACAACCAAUCCCAGCCCAAGCUCUCCGUACGCAGAUCCACCCCGAUCCCCACGAACGCGCCGCUCGCCGCCGACCACCGUUCACGCGGAACAGAGAGCCGCGCGGGGAGGACCAAGGAUUUUCUCGGCUAUAUGCAACCUCCAGGAACAGUCUAGUUCCUAAAUCCUUCUUCCAUUCUGGCAGAUAUCAAGAGUUCAUACAGGCCUCGCACCUGUAAGUGGGUGUGGCUUCACAACAAUUCUGCAGUCAACUUAUCACUGCCUUUGGGAGUAAUCCCGUCGUACGUCUGGAGAUUACGCCGAGCAUUGGAGGGACUUUUUGUUGAUUACGGUUAAUUCACGACAGAAGCUGAGAUGUAAACUAUUUUUUCCCGAUCUGAGUUCUCUUGUGAGAUAGUCCUGUGAUUUAGCGAUGUGAUUGGAUCGACUCUGUUUUCGGAUCUGGUGUUGGCUCAGUUGACUUAUGGUUAGGUUUUUCUGCUUUUCAUCUUCUGCUACACAACACAAAGUGAAGGAGUGCUUUCUGCUGUCUGACGAAACCAAGAUGGCCACUUCAAAGAAAGAUUCUCGGGAUCAAAGCGUGAAGUUCGCUGCUGGAUCAGCGAGUCUGAACCAGAUGACAGAUGAAAACAACCAAUCAGCUGCUAGUGGGCAGUAUGAUAUUGAUUCAUCGUCUCAGCAAGAAUCCAGGAGAUCUGAGGACUGGAAUAGGCAUGCAUGCUCUGAUGAUGACAAGGAGGAGAAGGUUCGGCACAUACCGAAGAGCCAGUCUCUUGGAAACAUGCUUCAAAAGGAUUAUGACCAUCAUGGUAGUGAAGGUACUGAAUGUGAUGUUAUACUGGAGUCUAGUUUCAAGAGCAAUACAGAUUUUGCAGAAUCGACUAACUUGCGGAGCAAGGAGAAUGCUUUUGAUGCCUCAUCUGACCUAAUGAGCCAUGGUGUUUAUGAACCUUCAGUUGACCAUGCUGUUGACUCUGACAGGCGUCACAUGUCUUGUGACCGAAGCAAAUUUCUAAGAUCACAGUCUGCUAUAUUUCAGAUUGAAUCCACUAGUGAUGUAGAAGGUUCUGUUGAUUCUGAGAGACUAGGCCCCCGCUGCAGAUCUUUCGAGGGUCUAUGUUCGCUGGACGGUGAAAAGGUUGGUUCCUUGAGUGGCGAUGAAACGAAUCGCUCUAAAUCAAAUUUGGAUGAAGCUUUAGGCUUGGAUGAUUGCUCAGGAGGUCGCUCUGAUGCUGCUGAAGGGGGUCAGCGGUCCUCUGCAAGUUUAGACGAAAAAUUUAUCAGGGAUGGGAUGCCAAGUCAUGAAUACUGGGAUGGCAAAUAUAAUACUGGUGACAACUCAGCUGAUCCAGUUGCCCCAUGCUGUGCUGAUGCAGGGCAUGGUUGUCACCAUUCCGGCAAGGAUAUUGGGCUCAAUAGAGCUAUAGAUCAAGGCAGAGAAGAGAGGUUGUGGAACAGAGAUAGAGCUCUCCACCACGAGUCACUUGGCAUUGACAUGCUUAAUUUGAAGAACCUGUCUGCCUCGAAGGAUAUUAGUGAAGAAGCUGAGCACAAUGGAACUGGAAUGAAUGGCAGUCAGCAGUUAGAUGAGGACCCGGAUGAACUUUCUCCAAGAACUUACAGCUUUAAAAGGAUUGAGGAUUGGAUCAGCCAAAUUGAUUUGGACAGUGAUAUCAUUGUGGAGGAGCAGGGCGAAAGUUCAAGUUCUGCAUCGACAAAAUAUAUCGAGUCGCCGACUAGUGCUCAUGCUGUGCGUCCUGAUGCUAAAAGUCCUCUUGGCAUGGAGAUUGCUUACACUUACAUUUCAAAAUUGACCCCUGUUUCUUCAUCUGCACAAUUGGAAAAUCUUGGUUUGGUUGCAAUUCCAAGACUGAGCGCCUUCUCUGGCCUACGGCUAUUGAACUUAUCAGGGAACUCAAUUGUGCGGGUAACUGCAGGAUCUCUUCCGAAAGGUCUUCACAUGUUAAGCUUGUCGAAGAAUAAUAUCUCAAUUAUCGAAGGCCUUAGAGACCUGACACGCUUGCGUUUGCUGGACAUCAGCUACAAUAGGAUCUCCAGAAUUGGCCAUGGUUUGUCCUCCUGUUCUUCUCUGAAGGAGUUAUAUCUGUCGGGUAACAAGAUCAGUGAGGUAGAUGGCCUUCACCGCCUUCUGAAGCUGAAGGUGCUGGACUUGCGCCACAACAAGAUCUCUACAUCCAAGGGGCUUGGCCAGCUAGCUGCAAACUACAAUUCUCUAGAAGCUAUCAACCUAGAUGGCAACCCAGCACAGAAGAAUGUAGGUGACCAGCACCUGAAGAAGUAUCUGUUAGGCCUGUUGCCAAACCUUGCUUUGUACAACAAGCAUCCUGUAAGAGCAACCGGCUCGAAAGAGGUCUCGGACCGUCACUCGCACAAGAUCUCUUGUUCCCACCGUUCCGAGCGCAGCUCCAGAUCGGACCGCAAAUCUUCCAGGUUGGCGCCUGCCACAUCUUCCCGGCACGCCCGCACCUCAAGCUCUUCGCUGAAGCAGUCAAGGAGCCGGAACAUGCCCGCGCCAGUGCUGGUGUCUAGACCAGUGGAACACGUGGGCGCUGUGGAUUCGGCGAUGCAAAUCCAGAUCGAGGGGCAGUCGCAGUGAGGUGAUUCAGUCACAGCUGCCUAGCCAGUCAAUGAUCUUCGACCUAAGGAGGUUCCAAAUUUUUUUCUAUGUUUAAGUUUGUAAAAAAUAAUGAAAGCUCAAACUGUAUUUCAAAGAGCAAUUUCCAUAUACUACCAAAGGCAUGGAGAUUAUUUUUUUGGAUUUAAUAUCUGUGUGUUUGAAUAAUAACUCCUUGGAAGGCUGUAAAACUUUGACAAAUAUAUAUCUCUGGAACCGAAUUGAUAUAAUCUUUCUGA